CCUGCCCACCUCCCACACUAACCCGGUCACCAACCACGCACCCGCCUCCGCUCCGCCUGGCCGCGCUCUCCCGCCAUGAAGCAGCUCCACAAGUCCUCCCCCACCCACGCGCCAUCGUCGGCGCACGCGCCGGCUCCCAAGGCCGCCAAGCCGGCGCGCCCCGGCCCGCGCUCCUGGAUCGGGUAUGUCCUCCGCGAGCAGCGCCUCCUCUUCGUCCUCCUCGGCGCGCUCAUCGCCUCCACCUUCUUCCUCCUCCGGCCCUACCUCUCGCUCUCCCCGUCCUCCCACCUGCCAGAUGCCCGCCCGCUCUUCUCCUUCGCCGCCCGCUCCGGUGUCCCCGCUGGCUUCCGCCCGCCGCCGCGCCGCGUCGUCGUUACCGGCGGGGCAGGGUUCGUCGGGAGCCACCUCGUGGACCGGCUCCUGGAGCAGGGGGACAGCGUGAUCGUGGUCGACAACUUCUUCACCGGCAGGAAGGAGAACGUCGCGCACCACCUCCGGAACCCCAGGUUCGAGCUGCUCCGCCACGAUGUGGUCGAGCCAAUCCUCCUCGAGGUCGACCGGAUCUACCACCUCGCGUGCCCCGCGUCGCCCGUGCACUACAAGUAUAACCCAAUCAAGACGAUCAAGACAAAUGUCAUGGGAACUUUGAAUAUGUUGGGUCUGGCAAAGCGAAUUGGUGCAAGGUUUUUGUUGACUAGCACAAGUGAAGUUUAUGGUGAUCCCCUUGAGCAUCCACAGAAGGAGUCAUACUGGGGGCAUGUUAAUCCUAUAGGUGUUAGGAGCUGUUAUGAUGAGGGGAAGAGAACAGCAGAGACUUUAACUAUGGACUAUCAUCGUGGUGGUGGUGUUGAGGUGCGUAUUGCACGCAUUUUCAAUACAUAUGGUCCUCGUAUGUGCCUCGAUGAUGGCCGCGUCGUCAGCAAUUUUGUUGCACAGGCACUGCGAAGACAACCGAUGACAGUUUAUGGUGACGGGAAACAAACUCGAAGUUUCCAAUAUGUUUCUGAUCUGGUUGCUGGGUUGAUGGCUCUAAUGGAGAGUGAUCAUAUUGGUCCUUUCAACUUGGGUAACCCAGGAGAGUUUACCAUGUUGGAGCUAGCACAGGUUGUGAAGGAAACAAUUGACCCAAUGGCAACCAUUGAAUUCAAACCCAAUACAGCUGAUGAUCCCCAUAUGAGAAAGCCAGAUAUCACCAAGGCUAAGCAACUGCUACAUUGGGAGCCAAAGGUCUCUCUCAAAGAAGGCCUUCCGCUAAUGGUAAAUGACUUCCGUCAAAGGAUCUCGGAUGAGUAAUCAAAGCAAUCCUACAAUACUGGUGACUAUUUUGAGUCUGAACGAUGCUGCAAAUACAGUCAGAAGCUCUUCACCGAUUGGAGCCAUGCAGUACAAUGUACUGUGUACACAAUAGACUGUAGAAUCACACAGGCCCCAUUUGGAAUGUGGGGAUUCCAUAGUAUUUCUACGGGAUAGUACAAUUUCUGUGAAAUAGCUGAUAAGUUCAUGGGAAGUUCGUAUUAAUUUUUUUUGUAUCUUGGUGAGUCAGAACAGAAGCAGUCAAAUUAUUUUUUGUGCAUGUGUGGGAUUCCAGAUUUGUGGGUGGUGAGAGAUAGGAUACAAUGCUGUAUUUCAGGAGCUUUUGUAACACGGAACAUUCAUCAUGUGAAAAAUGUAAUUGAAUAGUUUGCCA